AUGAUUUUUUCAGGAUGUUACUCAAUUCCAGUUUCCACCGUUCCUCUUCCAACAUUAUCCUUUCAUUCAUCGCGUACAUUACAAACAUUAGAUACUGUCAUGAUUCCAAGUAUACUUCAGCCACAUUAUAAUACUCCUCAUCUCUCUCUGUUAUGCUUGCCGUCAUUUUUCUAUUCAUCACAAUUAUUUAUAUCAUCGUCAUCCUCAGCUUCAUUUUCACUACAACAAAUUCCGUCCAAUAGUUCUCCAUCACAAGCAUCAGUAAUUCAUAUUAAUACAAGUGGUAUAUCGACCUACACAUCUCACUUCUCCCUGUGUACGCCACCAACAUUAAUCGAAGAAGAAAUAUAUGAUAAAGAUCACAAAGAAUUAAGUGUUGCUCAUUUUAUUUUAAAAUUGAAUAAAUCAGCUGCAAAUGAUUAUAUGCGUAAUUGUGAAUUACAUUAUAAAAAAAAUGUUAUUUCCAUUAUGAAAAAUAUUGCACCAAAAUUAUCUCAACCUUAUUUUGUUUAUGAAUUGGAUUAUGAAGUGACGACAUUUUUCAGAUAUUUAAGAUGGAAAAUGUUGAAAUUAGUGACACAAUUUAACACCACAACAAGACAAUUAGUGAAACGAAUGAAUACACUAAUUGAUAUGGGAGUCGUUGAAUUUCCCGGUAGUGCAUCAACGACGGAUGAAAUAUGGGCGGGUAUUUCGGGAACGCUUCGUACUGAUAUUGAGAAUUGUAUAAAAUUUGUUCAUGAGAUUCCGGCAGUGAAUGAAAUAUGUUCAGAAGAUCUUUUUAAGAUAUUGAAUAAUCGUAUGUUUGACUUUUGGCUGAUUGACAAAGCGCCAUUAUUUUAUAAAGGAGAAUCUUAUAUUGUGUUAAUAAAUGGAAUUCAAUAUGCUCGUAAAUUUAUGGAACGUAUUAUCGGCGUUAAUACCGUAGUAGCGUUGCAUGAAUUUGCAAAUAAACUGCGUGGAUUUAAAUUAACAAUUGUUGAACAUUCACUUCUAUUUCCCAUCGCCGUUUGUGUAAAGGAUACGAGCCUUCGAGAUCCUGACACUGUUCGUAUCAUUCAGUAUUGUUAUUUAUAUGCUCUUUAUGUUCAAUUAUGCACAACACGAACAGAAAAUGAAGCAAAAAAUUUAUUUCAGAAUUUAUUAGAUCUUAUCGAUUCAAUGGCACAUUUACAUGAAUUGUACAAUCAAAAUAUUGCACGUUUGUCGUUACCAACUUCUGAAGCGGCAGCUGUGUAA